AGCACCACCUCAACCAUGGUCGCCAGAGUCGCUCUCCUCCUCGCCUUCGUCGCCGCCGUCAGCGGAAACCCCGCCGCGAGGAAGCCAUGGCACUGGAAGUCCCCGAAGCCCCUCGUCGACCCCAGGGUUCCUGCACCCGCCGGAACUGGACGCAUCGUGGGCGGCACCGAGGCUGUGCCUAACUCGUGGCCCCACCAGGUGGCUCUCUUCAUCGACGACAUGUAUUUCUGCGGCGGUUCCCUCAUCUCUAACGAAUGGGUCCUCACGGCCGCUCACUGCAUGGACGGCGCCGGUUUCGUCGAAGUGGUGAUGGGUGCUCACAACAUCCGCCACAAUGAGCCUAGCCAGGUCUCCAUGACUUCCACCGACUUCUUCACGCACGAGCACUGGAACUCCCAUUCGCUCACCAACGACCUUGCCCUCAUCAGACUGCCCAGCCCUGUUGAAUUCAACAAAUACAUUAGCGCCGUCAAGCUGCCUUCCUCUGACGUGGCUGUGGGAACCACCGUCACCCCUACAGGAUGGGGCCGCCCCUCUGACAGCUCCAACGGCAUCUCCGACGUCCUUCGUCAGGUGGACGUCCCCAUCAUGGACACCGCCGACUGCAGCGCCGUCUACGGCCACCUUGGAGACGGUGUCGUCUGCAUCGACGCCGCAGGCGGAAAGGGAACCUGCAACGGUGAUUCUGGCGGCCCCCUCAACCUGAACGGCGUGACCUACGGCAUCACCUCCUUCGGUUCCUCCGCCUGAUAUGAGUAUUAGAAAUAUCGCAUUAGUACAUUACACUUAGUCCUAAUUAUAAAGAUUAAGCAUCAGAAAUUUGAUAUGAUGACCAAACUCGUAUGCAAAUUCCAAGACUCUAAAAUUGCUACAGGAAAAGAAGAGGUGUGUGAACGGGAAACAAGCAGCAUCUAUUUUAACAAUAAAGAUUUGGUAGGUGCAUCCAGAUAAUAACUAAUCUUUUACCCUUAGUAGCAGUGCCCUUAUCAAUAUUAAUCUUAAUAAUCAAUAUUAUCAAUGUCAUUAGUAA